ACAUGAACAGCUCAGUACUAUCCGUUUCUAUUAUUGCUGUUUUGGAAUUUGAAAUCGCCAUUGAUGAACUCAAAUUUAUGUCCUUCCCUAACCAUCUCAUCCGUCUCAACCCGCUCUUUACUUCGAUUAUGACGAUCAACGAUGUGAUUACGGGAAUGAUCUUCUUAGGACUUCGAUUAUAUAUGCAAGAGACUCGUCCCGACUCAACCAACUCAAACUCGACAGCAUUGGUUUUGAUCAACACAAGGAUGGUUGAAAAUUACAAGUCUGUGCAAGACAUGUUGAAGCCCAAUAACUCAAAUGCUCCAUGGGGGAAUCGAUUUGCGUUCUUGCAUAUAGACAUUCCCAAAGCCACUGAGUAUGAGCUUUCAAACCCACUCCAAUUCAUCAAAGCCGCACAAAAAAUGAUUAAGAGAAAGAGAUAUUCUUCAGCUGUUUUCCUUGUUGGCAAGCUAAUGGAGAUGAUACACAAGCUGAGGGGCCCAGAGGUAGCAGCCAAAUUUAUGUACAAGACGGCGCAAAAUACAAGCUUAAGCAUAUCUAACAUGAUGGGGCCAAGGGAGAAAAUGGCUAUGUGUGGUCACCCAGUAAAAGGAGUCUACUUUACCGUCGUUGGUAUACCUCAGAGUUUGAUGAUAACAGUGAUAAGCUACAUGGAACAAUUGAGAAUUACCCUUCUGAGCGAGAAAGAAUUUAUAGAUGAGGAGAAACUCACGUCUUGCAUGGAGAAGGCUUUCGAGAACAUACAUGAGGCUUCCAUGGAGCUUUUUCUUAAUUAAUAGGGUUUUGAGUUUUCCUUAACGCUAUCAUGAUUGUGUGUAUGUCAUAACACCCGGUGAUUUGAAAAGUAUGACCAUAACACUGAAUAUAUCUGUUUUAUGAGACUUUUUCAGACAG